AUGACAACUCAACGAGCUCAAGAUAGGGCUUUGUUAUACGAUGCUUUGACCAACUGCCUGGAAAAUUGGACACCGGAUCCACAGGUGGUGCAUAAUAUUAAGAAGAAACGACUGGAACUUUUGGAUGAUGCGUUGGAAGCAGCCCAAUGCCUCUCCCGGUCCGAAAAAGCGGCACUAGAGACCGGGCAUCAAUUGCUUGCCUUGUUAAACAACGCAACCGAUGUAAAUCAACGGGAUAUUGGAAUGGAAACACGCAUCCGCGAAACAGAGGCGAGUGUGCAGAAUUCGCAAAAAUACAUUUCAAAAACCAACAUCGUGCGCGAAUCCCUCCAAGCUGAUAGGGAGAGGGUUUUACGGGGUGAAGAAGUGUCAGAAAGUCGCGGCAGAUGGCGCCAAGUCGCGACCAGCCUCAGAGAAAAUGUCAGAGUCAUGGCGCUCCUUGGCUCGACCCCGCAACAAAACAUCGCGGCUCAAGACUUGAAUACCCAAUCAGGGGAAUGCAAUUCAGCAGAGGGCUCAGCAGAGGACGCAAAGAAAGGACCGAAUGAGAACUCUCAGUCACCGUGUACUAAACAAGACAUCGAUACUCGAGUGUUGGAGAGCAAUUCAGCAGCAAGCGGAGAGAAGAAACCGGAAAAGAACCUGCAGUCACCGGCUGCUGAACAAGACAUCGAUACUCGAGUGUUGGAGAGCAAUUCAGCAGCAAGUGGAGAGAAGAAACCGGAAGAGAACUUGCAGUCACCGGCUGCUGAACAAGACAUCAUGACUCCAGUGUCGGGAAGCAACUUAGCAAAAAGCAAAUCGAGCGAGACAGAAGAACUUCCACGGCUUAUUUUGGAUUACAAGCAGGAUAUUGUGUCACAGAUAUUGGCUAGCAGUUCCCAAAAUGCACCUGCCUUAUCGCCGGAUGCACAGAAAUCUCUGGCUUCAGCGGACGCGAGUUUCAACGAGGAUGAACCAGAGAACCAGAGGGAAGCACUCAAACAUAUUGCGAGGUACAUCGAGACUAAGCAUCGCGGACAACUGUCCCCCCAGCAAUCGAGUCUGGUUGCGCUUGAUGCACCCAUGGCCCCUGUCCCCGGUCUCUCCUUUGGGCUUGAUCGGGUUCUCUUCAAUCCCGGUGUUUAUCAGCUGCGUGAUCCUCGCUCUCGCGUUUAUAACUUCGAUCCUUACCUAGGCGAGGUGAUGCCCGUUUCAGAAUUUGAUUACAGCUCCCUCAAACCAUACAUCACCUCGUCUCAGGACGUGACAGCGCUCGAAAUGGCCGCGAAGCACCAGAAGAAAUACUUCGGCUCUUCCUCGAGCAUGACCUCGGUUCUCUCUCAUUUCCAUUAUCUUCUCUCUGCAUGGCGUCCUGUCAGUGUUCGCCAGAUGUCCAGCGGUUUCCCGGAAAAUUUGCGCAAUUUCACCCGUCUUCUCCGAGCACCAGCAGCCAUGUUCCUUCACUAUAAGGAGAAGGAAGAUACUUACGCUAUUGAUGCCGACAAAGAGUAUGACAGUGCUAACAUUCUCGCCAACCUGGGCAAGUCCAUGGAAAAGAUGCUCACCCUUCCAAAGGAGGAGUUUGAGCGUUAUCGUCGUUCCAGCCCAAAUAAGAUCGACGCUGAAGAAGAAAGUGCCAUUCCUGAAUCCUAUCACUUCACUGGUGCUGGUAAUUUCCUGAUGCGAUCCCAAUUGGAUGCCUAUGACCCCAGGUUACCAGGAACUGGUAUGUAUGACUUGAAGACACGCGCAGUUGUCUCAAUCCGCAUGGAUGUCAGACAACACGAAAACGGAAUGGGAUAUGAGAUCAAAGAUCGCUUUGGUACAUACGAGUCGUUCGAACGCGAAUACUUUGACAUGAUCCGCGCCGCGUUCCUAAAAUAUUCCCUGCAAGUACGUAUCGGCCGCAUGGAUGGUAUUUUCGUUGCAUACCACAACAUUGAGCGGAUUUUCGGCUUCCAGUACAUCAGUUUGCCAGAGAUGGAUCAGUCCCUGCACGGUCAGAACAAUACCAUUCUCGGAGACAGAGAGUUUGAGCUCAGUCUAGGAUUAUGGGAGAAGAUCAUGGACAGAGCCACAGAAAAGUUCCCGAAACAGUCUUUGCGCUUCCACUUCGAGACACGCGAGGGCUCGACGCCCUUCAUGUACAUCUUUGCCGAACCCGUCACGGACCAGCAGAUCCGCGCUAUCCAAACAAAGAACAAGGCCGAGAUCGACGCGUUCAAUGAUCGUCUUUUCAACCCCAACCAGCCUCUCUCUGAAGUCAUGGAUCUCGGCUCGGAUAAUUCCUCAGAAGAACCUCCCACCUUUGAGGAAACCCCAGUCAACGAGGAUGCUGAAAACCAACCGGACGCUCAGGCCGAUGGUGAUGUUCUAGCCAUGACUCUCAUCACUCAGAACAAGGUGAACGGAAGGAUCGUGGACCGUCCCGAGAACCUGAGAGCCAAGGAUCAAUGGGAUGUGUCCUAUGAGCUCAACGAACUGGACGCUCAAAGGGGCAAGGCCCUUCUGAGAAUGAUGAAGAAGCGCCGCGCAGAUACCUGGCUGAGGACGGGAGAUGACGAAACCGGGGAAAGAGACACCUACCUGAAGCUUUUGGACAGUAUCACCCAACGUGGUCGAGCAUUCCGCGAGAAGGAGAAACUGAAAGAUGCAGAGGAGGGCAUCAUUGAGUACGAGACUUCGCGGAAGUCUGGUUAG